UGUGUGUGUGUGUGUGUGUGUGUGUGUGUGUGUGUGUGUGUGUGUGUGUGUGUGUGUGUGUGUGUGUGUGUGUGUGUGUGUGUGCGCGUGCGUGCGUGCGUGCGUGUUUGAUAGACAGGUACAAAUGUGGUUUGAAAAUUGCUGAAAAAGUAUUGAUGAGACUCUAGUGACUCCUAGUGGUGGUAUCAUAUAAGACACCACAGCCCGCUGCACCAGUUUUCACCAGGAUGGUUUCAUUUUUCUAAAAACACAUCUUUUUCACUGGUACUAAGCUGUAGCUUUUGUCUCUGGAGAGAAUGUAGUGAUUCCAAAACGUGUCAUUGUUAAUAGAUAAUUAUGCUAACUUCGUUUGUGUAACAAUUUGAAACAGUUACAAAGUGCUUUACAGUUUACACAAAGGAUUGCAGGAAUUGAAUCCAGAACAUGACUCUAAAACAAGAUAACAUCCAGUUAAGAAAAAGCCAAAAGAUAAACGUGAGUGCAAGAAGAACAGUAAAGUAGGAUAAUCUGCUAUUUUAGUAGUUGUCUUCUCUUCCCUUGCAUCUAUGCCCCUACCAGUAAGGAUGUGAAAUCAAGAUACAAGGACAACUGUCACGACACUUGAUAAAUGACUUCCAUGUAGGAUCCCCCUGAGUUCUGUCUUCUCAAGAUGUAUUUCAGGCAUUAUAAGAUCCUGAAGUGAAGUUACUAUGUCGUGAAAAUCACAAAAUUUAUUAUGGCUAUUCUUGAAAUAUAUGUAUCUGCAGAUGCAUUUUCAGAUCAGGGGUAGAACGUUGAUCGGUGUGUUCUUCUCAAAAAACAACUUCAAGCUGUAAGACAUGUUAAUACUCAUAAUCAUGCACAGUUAUGUUCAUUAUGACAGUGUAGCCGUUUAUGUUCCUACAGGGCAUCAGAGCCGACUCUUGAAACAGCAAAAGAAAGGCAAGUGGAAGGAUGAGAGAGGAUGAUAGCAAUAGAGCAGAUUCGAGUCCAGGGAUGAAGCUGAGGAAAACAUUUUCAGGCAACAUAGAGUGAGGAGAGUUCUAGCGAGGAAGAAGAGGAGGAGAUGGAAGUCGAAACAAGCCGAAAGAUUCAAGUUGUGUUAAAGCAGGAAAUGCCUGCUGCUCGAUGUUUGUGCUGCUUUUGGAGUGUGUAAUGGGAACAAUGCCAAAACCAAGCAACAGGAAAUAACAUUUUACAGGUAAGAAGUUAUAUUCCAAUAUUUGGUCAUGCUCUGAGUGUACUGAAUUACGGUUUCUCACUUUAAACGAUCUUCCUCUUAAGCUAUUAAUGAAUGCAACUGUCUAUGCUAACUGUUAGCUUAACUUAGCUAAUACUCAGCUAAGCUGUCUAACUACUAAGAAUAUUUCUACUGAAAUGAAAAACAUUGUUAGAAUUGAAUACACUUGAAUGUGUGAUUGAAAUGCCGUAUAACCAACAAAUCACGUAAAGUUGUCCAGUCAAAAAAUAACAUGGCAUCUACUGAAAUCUGCUAAGCUAGCUAACGCUAGCAAAAGCUUAGCUGUUAUUUUUUUCUUCUGUUCUUUAUUAUGAAAUAUUAAAUGCUGCCUUAUUUAAUUAUGGGAAACAACGCCUUGGAAAAAUUUGUUAAUCAAAAUUCACAUUUUUAAUUUACAAAUAACAGACCACUAGGGAAAUCAAUUACUAAUCUUGACUUUAGUUAGCUAAAGGUAGCCGUUGCUAUCUCACAAACUAGCUUUCACUUGAUCUACUGUAGCCUUUGACUUUAGCUGUUUGCUAGCUGUCUUUAUGUUGCAGAGCGCAAUAAAUGUGGUGACAAGUCCUGAAGCACACAGUUUACAAGACAGAAAGCAGUAUCUACACAGUUAAAUACAGAUACAAUUUUAUAUACAAUGAAACUGUGGCCAGAAAGUCAAAUACAGAUUAUAAUUCAGUUUUAACUCGCUGCAUUAUGUCUUUGUAGGGCAACAUUGUAAACAGAUUGAAAUUUUCGCUCAUUAAUUCAGCUGUAAACAUGUCAUUAUACCCCAUGCAGACGUUGCGUCUGCCCUGUUUUAUUUUUAACCUUAAACUGCAUUUGGAUUGAAAGCUCGAUUGAGCUGCAAGGCCUCCAGGGUCCGCCAACAGCUCCCACAAUCAGCCUACUUGUGGACAGAUCAAUUGUGCUGUCAAUCUAAAUGCAGUUUAGCGCUUGCCUCUGUUAUUGUGGCGGCUUUAGCUCAGAAGUGGCACAGGUUGGUGCACGAUCUGUAUCUGCCUGAAGUGCUCGUUUUAAUCCCUGUCCAGGAAAGAGGCCUAUAACUGACAAGAUGCCUGGGUAACACAAAGAUGAUGUCGCUUUUUAAAUGUGUCUGCUUUCUGACCACAUGAUUAGAUACUGUGAUGACUGUUUGUGCACUUAUCCUGUCUGUGGCUUGCAGUAGCUUUACUCUGAGGCAGGCCCUUGUGUUUCCUGUUGACCCCCUAAUCCUCUGUAGACGCACCCGUCCUCAGAUCUAUUUUCCACCGGGGUGAGGCUUCGCUGUCUGUCCCACACAAGCAGCUGAUUGGGAUUUUGUCUCCGCUUCUUCUUUCUUGUCCUGUGACCCCUGAAUUCAUAUCUCGCGGCCUCCUCGCAGUCAACACACGUGCUUGCUGCUGUAUCCAGACAUGACAGAGGGGUCGGCGUAGUGUAAGUCUGCUCGCCGGUCUGCCUGCUCGGGCCACUUGUGUCUCCCCAUAGCCAAUUAUAAUUGCAGCUGUUGCCAGACCUUCAAGUGACAUUAAGAGGCUAUUAAAUCAGCAUCAAUUAGACUGUGAUGCACUGCCAGAUGAAAUGCCCAUAUCAUAGGGAUCUUUCCCCGCUGUAUUACUGUGUCAUUUUCUCAGUUUUGAGGAGGGGGAGGAAUCAUUAAAAGUGUAAUUUGAUUUUGAAUAUAACUGAUUAUUUUUACUUGAAAAACGAAAGAGAAAGAAAAUGAAGAAAGCUUGUUAUUUCUUCAGAAAUUUAUGAACCUAUCAUCAUUAUGCUCAAGUAGAAGAGACAAAAUGAGAAAUCGGGCCAUGGAUAGAGCUUGGUUUUGAUGUUUAAUCACAGAUUUUUGCCUGAAUCCAGAAUCAAAAACAUCAUCAAUGAUCAGUUUUUUUAAAUAGACAGUUUUGCAUUCAAAUGUAUCUCCACUUUUUGACAGUACAUUCUUUACGUGUUGAGUUCCUGUUAACAAAAUUAAACUCUCCACAACUGAUCUAUCCAUGAUUAUAAGCUGGCAAAAUAGAAUUAAGCGACCAAGUGAGUAUUUGUUUGGGUCCAGGACGCACAAAUCGGACAGCGUAAAUAUCAAAAUCAGGGUUGAGUAACUGAAUAAUGAUUAACCAGAUAGCAAGCUGUUCUUUUCAUUUCACCAUUUUGGGUUUCAAUUGUAUAUGAAAAGAACAAAUAAUACAUGAAUUAAUUCUGUGUGUGCAAAAGUAAAUAAUAUUUUAUUUAGCUUGUUGUGGUUUCUAAGGCACAACAGCAAAAGAUAAAGCAGUGCAACAAGACAGAGCAUCAACAAUUAAUAAAAAAAAAUCAUAUAAUCUUACUGAGUAAUCUUACAAUCUUACUCUCUUUUUUUUUUUUAAUUGAAGAAAACCACUGAGAAUUUACCAUCCUAAUUGCCCACAGUCCAAGAUGAUGAGCAGCAGUCCAAAACAAAAAAAUUAUGUAUUUGCAACAGUUUGAAAUUGAGAAAAGCAGAGAUAUUGGGGAACGCAGAGAAAAUGAAAUGGAGUAUAUUCUUGCAGUAUUUGUAAGCUAAGUUUAUGUAAAGUCCGAAGUCGUCCAUGGGGACUUUCAUUACUACACAGUUGAAUGUCUUGCAACAGCUAGAAUAAUUAAAAAAUGGUCAAGACUGAUGCAGCAGAGGCUGACAGAUCCUGAAUUUAAUUCCUAGUAUGAGUUAGUUUAGUUCUUGCAACUUGUUCCUUCAAAUAUUAUCAAGUAGUAUUCUGGCUGGCUUUUUUUAAUUCACUGUCAGUGUUUGAUUCGCGGCAGCUGCACUCUAGUUUAAAAUGGCUCUUGACAUCUGGCAGAUUACAGCGCUUUUGAGAAUUCAAGCUUAAGUAACUGCUUAAUAUCAGGCCCGGGGAAAAGACCCACUGCUCACUUUAAAUAGGAAAAGCCAUCGUAUUUUUGGAAUAAAAGACUUGGUGAUGAUGAGGGUGAAGAUAAAACAGUCAGAAGGCUUCCACUAAACCCUGCCUUCAUGCUGCAGAGACACACUGUAAACUUAAAAGCACAUUCUUGUGCUGUAUUGACUUUGGAAAUGGAGGCACAGUAAUAGAAACCUCCUCAAAGGAUUUUGAAUGGAUUUAAUGUUAACCUUGUUAGCUGGGAUCUGGCUGCUCAAUGGCAUUGUGAUCCAGACGAACUAAAGCAACUGAUCCUAUGCAGUACUCCAUUUAAUUGUUUAAUGAUUUUUAUAAGAAGAGUAAAUGAGUGGCCCUUUAUCAUAUAUUUUUAUAAAAAGUAUCGAGCCAGACUGCUAGCUUGACUGAUGCUCAUUUUAUUUUGCAUUUCAUGCAUUUUGCUGGUAUUCUGCAGUGACUUUACUUGAAUAUUUAACAGGAACCAGACACAUUAUUUGACAUUAUCUGGCCAAAUAAGUUUUCAUGUGAAGCUAGACAUAAAGAAUGUGACAAAAGCCCCGAAAACAAAGUAACCACUUUUGCAUGCAUGUUAAUAUAAUUGCUUUUCAAACUGACAUUGAAGGACUGAUGGUGCAUAUGAACCAAAACUCUAUUUUAUGACAUAUUGUAUUCGCCAUAUCUAUAGUAAAUGUGGGUUAAUAGAAGCAGGCCUCUGUCUGGAAUAUGCUAAAUGUUGCCCCUCAACUCUGGCACACACAAACCCAAACGGUCAUGUGUGAUCAACUCUGCUCUCCAGAUAGCCAAUGCCAGAAUUUCAGCGAUGCCCUAACCAACCUAAUCUUCCCUGAUCCCAGAAAAUGAGGCCUGCAGUGUCGGGGCCGUAAGCCCUCUAAGCUGUCGUCCUUAGCAUUCAUCGCUUUUUAAUGGACAGUCUGAAGGAUUACAAUUGAAACCUUUUAAAAGUGACACAAUACAGCUAUACAUAGACAGUUUGAAAUACAAAAUGGACAUACUUGACUUUUCCAAGGUGGCGUAGGAGCCAGAUCUCCUAAUAUAGGAGAAGAAGCAGCCGCGAAGCAGGCCCAGCCAUCGCUUAUAAAAGCUGUCAAAGUCUUGUUACGGUGAGGUAUGUCUGUGGUGUAGUGGCGGAACAAUUAACAGUACAGACUGGAGUAUUUUCCUCAAAGGCUCUGAAACUCUUUGAGCAUCUUCUGACUUUUCAGCAGAACUCAGGUAAGUACGGAGCUACUGUCAGUUAUUCAGAUAAUCUGUUUAAUUUACUAAUUAAUAAUUUUUUGUGAUCACAUGCAGCUUUCCAAAAUGAGCGACGCUGAGAUGGAAAUAUUUGGGGUGGCUGCCCCAUACCUCCGCAAAUCAGAACGGGAGAGGAUUGCAGCCCAGAAUAUGCCGUUUGAUGCCAAAACAGCUGUCUUUGUGCCUGACCCAAAGCUGGAAUAUGUCAAAGGAAAAAUCAAAAGCCAGGACAGCUCCAAGGUCACUGUGGAGACGGAAGGAGGAAAGGUUGUCACCGUGCAUCUGGAUGACAUUCGGCCCAUGAACCCUCCUAAGUUUGACAAGAUCGAGGACAUGGCCCUGCUGACGCAUCUCCAUGAGCCAGCCGUGCUCUUUAACCUCAAGGAGCGCUACGCUGCCUGGAUGAUUUAUACCUACUCGGGGCUCUUCUGUGUGACUGUGAAUCCUUACAAGUGGCUUCCAGUCUACAACCCGGAGGUGGUAGCCGGGUACCGAGGAAAGAAGCGUCAGGAGGCCCCCCCACACAUCUUCUCCAUCUCUGACAACGCUUACCAGUACAUGCUGACGGAUCGAGAGAACCAGUCCAUCCUGAUCACUGGAGAAUCCGGUGCUGGGAAGACGGUCAACACCAAGCGAGUCAUCCAGUACUUUGCAACAAUUGCAUCAUUCGGAGACUCAAGCAAGAAGGAGCAAGUGUCUGGAAAACUGCAGGGGACUCUGGAGGAUCAAAUCAUCCAGGCCAACCCUCUGCUGGAAGCUUUUGGGAAUGCCAAGACUGUGAGGAAUGACAACUCAUCUCGAUUUGGAAAAUUCAUCCGCAUCCACUUUGGAACAAAGGGGAAGCUGGCAUCUGCUGAUAUUGAAACUUACCUUUUGGAAAAGUCCAGAGUAACUUUCCAGCUGCCAGCAGAGAGGAGCUAUCACAUCUUCUAUCAGAUCAUGUCAAACAAGAAGCCUGAUUUAAUUGAGAUGCUGCUGAUAACCACCAACCCUUAUGAUUACCCAUUUAUCAGCCAGGGAGAGAUCACGGUGCUGAGCAUCGACGAUACAGAGGAGCUGAUGGCCACAGAUAGUGCCAUUGACAUCCUGGGGUUUAACACGGAGGAAAAGGUCGGCAUCUACAAGCUGACGGGUGCUGUGAUGCACAACGGCAACAUGAAGUUCAAGCAGAAGCAGCGGGAGGAGCAAGCCGAGCCUGAUGGCACUGAGGUGGCAGACAAAGUUGCCUACCUGAUGGGUCUGAACUCUGCUGAUUUGCUAAAAGCACUGUGUUACCCUCGAGUGAAGGUUGGGAAUGAGUAUGUCACCAAAGGUCAGACUCCACAGCAGGUGAACAAUGCCAUGGGUGCACUGUCUAAGGCCGUGUACGAGAAGCUGUUCCUGUGGAUGGUCACCAGGAUCAACCAGCAGCUCGACACCAAACUUCCCAGACAGCAUUUCAUUGGUGUCCUGGACAUUGCAGGAUUUGAAAUCUUUGAGAUGAACAGCCUGGAGCAGCUGUGCAUCAACUUCACAAAUGAGAAACUGCAACAGUUUUUCAACCAUCACAUGUUUGUGCUGGAGCAAGAGGAGUACAAAAAGGAAGGGAUUGCGUGGGAGUUUAUUGACUUUGGCAUGGACUUGGCAGCCUGCAUCGAGCUCAUUGAGAAGCCGAUGGGGAUUUUCUCUAUUCUUGAAGAGGAGUGUAUGUUCCCAAAGGCGACAGACGGCUCCUUCAAAAACAAGCUGUACGACCAGCACCUGGGGAAAAACAGCAUCUUUCAGAAGCCCAAACCGUCCAAAGGAAAGACUGAGGCUCACUUCUCUCUGGUGCACUACGCCGGCACCGUCGACUACAACAUCAGCGGCUGGCUGGAAAAGAACAAGGACCCACUUAAUGACACUGUGGUGCAGCUGUACCAAAAAGCUUCCCUCAAACUGCUCUCUCAGCUCUUUGCCACAUACGCAUCUGCUGACGCUGCUGAUGGGAACAAGAGAAGCUCCAAGAAAAAGGGAUCUUCCUUUCAAACAGUUUCUGCACUUUUUAGGGAAAACCUGAACAAACUGAUGGCCAACCUCAGGUCCACACAUCCACACUUUGUAAGAUGCAUCAUCCCAAAUGAGACCAAGACACCAGGAUCCAUGGACCACCAUCUGGUGCUUCACCAGCUGCGAUGUAAUGGCGUGCUGGAAGGUAUCCGCAUCUGCAGGAAGGGAUUCCCCAGCAGGAUUCUUUAUGGAGAUUUCAGGCAGAGAUAUAGGAUUCUGAAUGCCAGCGCGAUCCCUGAGGGGCAGUUCAUCGACAGCAAGAAGGCUUCAGAGAAGCUGCUGUCCACCAUUGACGUGGACCAUUCCCAGUACAGAUUUGGAUACACAAAGGUGUUCUUUAAAGCCGGCCUUCUGGGUCUUCUGGAGGAGAUGAGGGAUGAGCGUCUGGCUGUGCUGAUGACUCGAAUCCAGGCUGUGUCUCGAGGAUAUGUCACCAGGCUGAGGUUGAAGGAGAUGACGAAGAAAAGAGAGUCUAUUUACAUCAUCCAGUACAACAUCCGCUCAUUCAUGAAUGUGAAGAACUGGCCUUGGAUGAAGCUCUUCUUCAAGAUAAAGCCUCUGUUACGAAGUGCGGAGGCUGAAAAGGAGAUGCAGACGAUAAAAGAGGAGUUCGCUCGACUCAAAGAGGAGUUUGCAAAGUCAGAGGCCAGGCGGAAGGAGCUGGAGGAGAAGAUGGUUGUGCUCGUUCAGGAGAAAAAUGACCUUUACCUUCAAAUACAAGCAGAGAGGGAGAACCUGUGCGAUGCCGAGGAAAGGUGUGAAGGCUUGAUAAAGAGCAAGAUCCACCUGGAGGCCAAAGUCAAAGAAUUCUCUGAGAGGCUGGAGGAGGAGGAGGAGAUCAAUGCUGAAAUCACCGCCAAGAAGAGGAAGCUGGAGGAUGAAUGUUCAGAGCUCAAACGAGACAUAGACGACCUUGAGCUUACCAUCGCCAAAGUGGAGAAGGAAAAAUAUGCCACAGAAAAUAAGGUUAAGAAUUUGGUGGAGGAGUUGAGCGCUCUCGAGGAAAAUCUGUUGAAGUCCUCUAAGGAGGUCAAAGCUUUGCAGGAGGUGCACCAACAGACUUUAGAUGACCUGCAGGCUGAGGAGGAUAAAGUAAACUCUCUAAUGAAAAUGAAGAUCAAGCUGGAGCAACAGGUUGAUGAUCUGGAGGGCUCGCUGGAACAGGAGAAGAAGGUGCGAGCCGACUUGGAAAGAUCCAGACGGAAACUGGAGGGAGAUCUGAAGCUGUCCCAGGAAACCAUCAUGGACCUGGAGAAUGAAAGACAGCAGGCAGAAGAAAGACUGAAAAAAAAAGACUUUGAAAUCAGCAGCCUGCAGAGCAAAAUUGAUGAUGAACAAGCCUUGAGCACUCAGCUACAAAAGAAGAUUAAAGAGCUUCAGGCUCGCACUGAAGAGUUGGAAGAGGAAAUUGAGGCUGAACGUGCAGCUCGAGCCAAAGUGGAGAAACAGAGGUCUGAUCUGUCCAGAGAGCUGGAGGAGAUCACCGAGCGGCUGGAGGAGGCCGGAGGCGCCACUGCUGCUCAGGCCGAGCUCAACAAGAAGCGCGAGGCCGAGUAUCAGAGGCUACGUCGGGAUCUGGAAGAGUCAACCCUGCAGCACGAGUCCAUCACUGCGACCUUACGUAAGAAGCAGGCCGACAGCGUCGCAGAGCUCAGCGAUCAGAUAGAUAACCUUCAAAGAAUCAAGCAGAAACUGGAGAAGGACAAAAGCGAGCUGAAGAUGGAGGUUGAUGACAUGACAAGCAAUGUGGAGAGCAUCCUGAAGAGCAAGGCUAAUCUGGAGAAAAUGUGCAGGAGCCUCGAAGACCAAAUGAAUGAACACAAGACCAAAGCAGAUGAAGCCCAGAGGUCCCUUAGUGAUUAUAUUACCCUCAGUGCUCGUCUCCAAACAGAAAAUGGUGAACUUACACGUCUCCUGGAAGAGAAGGAGACGGCUCUUUCACAGCUGAGCAGAGGGAAAUCUGUGGGGAGUCAGCAAAUCGAAGAGCUGAAGAGACUUUUGGACGAGGAAAUUAAGGCAAGAAAUGCUCUAGCUCACAGUUUGCAAUCAUCUCGUCAUGACUGCGAGCUGCUCAGAGAGCAGUACGAGGAGGAGCAGGAGGCCAAAGCUGAGCUGCAGCGAUGCCUGUCCAAGGCUAACUGUGAUGUAGCUCAGUGGAGAACCAAAUACGAGACGGAUGCCAUCCAACGCACAGAGGAGCUCGAGGAGGCCAAGAAGAAGCUGGCUCAGCGGCUGCAGGAGUCUGAGGAGAUGACAGAGGCUGCAAAUGUCAAAUGUGCUUCACUGGAGAAAACUAAGCAGAGGCUGCAGGCGGAGGUCGAGGAUCUCAUGGUUGAGCUGGAAAGGUCAAACGCAGCCAAUGCCACGUUAGACAAGAAACAGAGGAACUUUGACAAGGUUCUGGCUGAAUGGAAACAGAAAUAUGAGGAGAGCCAAUCAGAUUUGGAAGUCUCCCAGAGAGAGUCCAGAGUGCUGAGUACAGAACUCUUCAAGCUGAAAAAUUCAUAUGAGGAAGCUUUGGAUCACCUUGACAACAUGAAAAGAGAAAAUAAAAAUCUUCAACAGGAGAUCUCAGACAUCACAGAGCAAGUUGGACAAUCUGCUAAAACUGUCCAUGAGCUGGAAAAAGCUGCAAAGCAAGCUGAGCAAGAGAAGAGAGACACCCAGGCAGCUCUCGAGGAAGUUGAGUCUUCUCUGGAACACGAGGAGGCCAAAAUCCUGCACCUUCAACUGGAGCUGAACCAGAUCAAGUCGGAGGUGGACAGGAAGGUGGCGGAGAAAGACGAGGAACUCAACCAGCUCAAGAGGAAUCACCAGAGAACUGUGGACACUCUGCAGAGCACGCUGGACGCUGAGACACGCAGCAGAAACGAUGCUAUCCGGAUGAAGAAGAAGAUGGAAGGUGAUCUAAACGAGAUGGAAAUCCAGCUGGGUCAUGCCAACCGGCAGGCAGCCGAGGCGACCAAACAACAGAGAAACCUGCAGACUCAGCUGAAGGACACCCAGGUCCAUCUGGAUGAAGCCCUCCACAGUCAAGAGGACUUAAAGGAGGAAUUAGCCAUCGUAGAGCGUCGCAACAAUCUAAUGAUGGCUGAAAACGAGGAAAUUAGGGCGGCACUGGAGCAAUCUGAGAGGAGUCGAAAGCUUGCUGAGCAGGAACUGAUCGAUGUCAGUGAGAGGAUUCAGCUGCUGCACUCUCAAAACACCAGCCUCCUGAACAGCAGAAAGAAGAUGGAGGCUGAUUUGGGUCAUCUGCAGUCAGAGAUGGAGGACAGCAUCCAGGAAGCGAGAAACGCAGAUGAGAAGGCCAAGAAAGCCAUCAUGGAUGCUGCUAUGAUGGCUGAGGAGCUGAAGAAGGAGCAGGACACCAGCGCUCACUUGGAGAGGAUGAAGAAGAACCUGGAGGUCACAGUAAAGGACCUACAGCAGCGCCUGGAUGAAGCCGAGCAGAUAGCUCUGAGAGGAGGGAAGAGGGAGCUGCAGAAACUGGAAACCAGAGUCCGAGAGCUGGAAAAUGAAUUAGAGGCGGAACAGAAACGCACCGGCGAGGCUAUGAAAGGUUUGAGGAAAUAUGAAAGGAAAAUUAAAGAGCUCACUUAUCAGGGUGAGGAGGAAAAGAAGAACGCAGCACGACUGCAGGAUCUGGUCAACAACCUGCAGCUCAAAGUGAAGGCAUAUAAACGGCAGUGUGAGGAGGCGGAGGAACAAACCAGCAUUCAUUUGGCGAAAUUUCGGAAGGUGCAGCAUGAACUGGAGGAAGCUGAGGAGCGAGCAGAUAUCGCAGAGUCCCAGUUGAAUAAAUUACGAGCAAAAAGCCGAGAUGUUGGUAAAGGAGAAUAGGAAUCUACACAGGUACAGUCUACUUUAGAAAACAUAGCACGGUGAAUUGGGUUAGGAGGUUUCAGGUUUAUCAUGUUGCAUUUUUCGCACAAGCAAAAUGAGUUAUAAUGUGGUUUCAUUAGGUUCACAAGUAGGAAAAGUGUCUUGGUCUAUAGUGGAACAUUUAAAAGAAUCUACUAAUUUUGGUAUGCAUGGUUUUCUCGGGCGCAGAUGCAUUGGCAGAAUGUAACAAAGUGCAUUUAUUCAGAAAAUUAGUUUCAUUCACAGUUGUUUUUACAAGUUUUGUCAUAUUUAAAAAAUACCCACUAAAUUGAUAAAUGCUCACCAAAACAUGUUUAAUAUUUGCUAAAGUACAGUUUUUAGGCACUUGUACACUAAAAGAUGUGCCUUUGUGUUCUGGAAAAUGUAGGAUUCAGCACGUUUUUGAGCCAUAGUCCCGAUAUGUCACUAUUUGCUGCAUUGAUGUUGAUUUUAACAUUUUUUAUGUGACAUAUUAAAUCACUGAAGUAGUAAUUCAUAAUAAAAAAAACACACCUUACCAACAUGUUAAAUUAACUAUCAAUUUAUUGCAGUUUUUCUUUUUUAAAGCUUAUAUUUCUGACUUUUUGGCCAUUAUUUCAGCAAAUGGCAACAGCUUUAGUAUGAACAGACAACAUACAGAUCAACAAAGCAAAAACUCUGUAGUCAUAUUAGUUUAGACACACUAGGUUGCUGAUGUGCAGCAGGGUUGUCAUCUUCACUAUCUGGGUUUAGUGUGUUAGUUUGCUCCAAUUAGCUAAUAAGCACAAAUUGUAAAGUACAGUUGAGGCUUAUGGGAAUGUCAUUUAUCUUUGAUCGUGGCAUUUAUUUAAGCAUUACAAAUAGCAUAUUUUUGCUGUAUUUUUUUACAAAAUAGGAAAAACCUGUGAAUCUGCUGUAUGUUUUAUUGGGCACUACAGUUUAUACAUGGACAUUAUGAAAUUGCGGUUGUCAGUCUGUUUUGUCUACAAAUCAAAUUUCAUAGCCGGCCAUCCAGUAACUGUGAAGACAUUUCUUUCAAGUUGAAAAUGAUCAGCUUCAUGGCUGAAAAGUCAAGUCAAAGGCAGUAGGAUUCAUUCUCUGGGGAUCAUGAAUAUCUGCAGAAAUUUUACCAACAACACAUCCAGUUUUUUCAAGAUACUUCUGUCCGCUCCAUAUUGGUGGAUAAUAUUAGAGCCACACUGCGAUCACAGCUACAAAUAUAGACAUUAGUCACUAUCUGUGACUGUGUAAAGAAAGACAGACUCAUCAGACAUGUAAAAUUAUAUGUUGAAAAGAAAAUAUCUUUUAUAAAUGCUGUAUCUGGUGCUGUUAAUCCUGGGAUCAGUCUAGACUGAGCUAUAUAAACAGUGACAGCUCAACAUGUUCCAGGAAUAGUGUUCUACAGAGUGGUUAUUUAAGAACCGAAAUGCUUACAAGACACAGAAAAAUGCCAGUGAAAGUCUUUGCGUGUGUCAAGCACUGUGAAAUGACAUUAAAUGUAAUGGUAAAAUGUAACCAUUUUAAAUCUCUUCUUAAUUCUCCAUACAGUCCCAAUGCAUUUCAUUGUACAGCAUCCAUGUUAUUCAAGAGUCGGACGUAGUAUAAGUCUGAAAUCUGCAUGCUCUAAGAUGAAAAAUUCAACCGACUUAUGUUUUAAUGAAAAAGUUUUUUGUAAUGGCUAAAAGAAACAAAAAUACACAGACGCCGACAUUUUUGCAUCUAAGAAAUUCACCUGCACAUGUUACAAGUUCUGUGGAAGCUUAUAUGAAUAGGAAGUAACUCACCAACAGUUUUGUGUUGCAAUAAAAAUUCACUCCCAAAAGAUGGAGACACUUUAUACAUGUUCAUCAACCGUUGUUUGGUCUCUGGAAACAUUAAAGACCCUACAGUCUGCUA